AUGAUAGCCCCUAGCGCCAGAAACCUUCCGCCCAUCAUCUGGGCCGUGGCCAUCUUCGGCUCUCUCUCCUCUGCGGGCUUCGGGUUCGACCAAGCGUGGUGGGCGAGCAUCAUGAGCUCGCAGCAGUUCGCCCGCCGGUUCGGAUCUCAGGACCCCACAGAGGAGACCUGGGGUCUCACAGAGCGACAGCAGUCCCUCGGUACGGGGCUGGGCUAUGCAGGGAUUCAGUCGGCUGUGGUCAGUAUCGGCGUCAUUAUCGAGUCAACCUGCCAGACGAGCUACGCCCAGUUUCUCGUCGGCAAAGUCGUCGUCUACUUUGGCGGCGGCAUCGCCUCCAACGUCAUCCCUGUCUACCAGGGCGAGUGCGCGCCCCAGUCCCUGCGCGGCCUCAUGGCUGGCUCCUACAACGUCUUCCUCAUGGUCGGCGGCCUGGCUGCCGCUCUCGUCGUCUACCUCUGUCGCCAUAUCCCUGGCGAUUGGGCCUGGCGCGGCGUCGUCGUCGCACAGAUCGCUAUCCCCGCCCUCAACUGGCUCAGUUUGCCCUUUCUUCCUGAGUCGCCCUACUGGCUGAUGCACCGCGGAAAACUCGACGAAGCAGCAGCCAGUCUCGCUCGCCUCCGUGCUCUCUCCCUCUCUGCUGCCCGGACAGAGCUCGAUCAUCUCCACGACUUAGCUCUACAGGCCCAGCAAGAGCAGCAGCAACACAAAUCCUCCUCCUCCUCUUGGUCUGCCUGUCUCACCGACCCAAUCCUCCGCCGCCGCACCAUCAUCUGCGUCGGCGCGCAGAUCUUCCAACAAGCCCAGGGCAUCUCCUUCGUAGCCAACUACCAGGCCGUCUUCCUCCAGCGGAUCGGCUUCCGCCAGGUCCUCCUCAUGUCCGUGGUCGUCUACGUGAUCGGCAUCGCAGGCAACCUAGCCGGCGUGAUCGUCGCCGACCGACUCGGUCGACGGCGCGUGCUGCUCAUCUCCGCCGCCCUGCUUGCAGCAUGCAUGCUCAGCAUCGGCGGACUGACCAACGACGGCACCCCCCGCGAGUACCGCACGCAGGUCGCAGCCGUCGCGCUUCUGAUGCUCUGGUUCUUCACCUUCCAGGCUACCUGGGGCCCGCUGGCCUGGGUCCUGACUGCCGAGAUCCCGCCUGCUUCCUGGGUGCGUGAGACCAUGGUCGCCCUUGCUGGGCUUGCGGCUUACGGUACUGGUCUGGUCAUUGUGUUUGUGAACCCGUAUACGCAGGCGGAGAUCGAGGGCAGUGUGGCGUUUAUCUACGGCGGCUUGUCCGUCGCUGCGACGGGGUUUGUGUGGUUCGUGGUGCCUGAGAUGAAGCGGCGGUCGCUGGAGGAGAUUGAUGAGAUGUUUGCGGAGAAGGUGCCGUCCAGGGAAUUCCGUGGGUAUUGCUGUAAAGCAGGAACUCUGCAAGACGAACGUAUUGAGUUCGCUUGA